UUGUGCACCCCCUGGUGCUCUAGCGUUUUGUGUGGUUGAGAUUGUCUUCUCUCACUCUCCCUCUCCCUUCUGGUUGCUCAUUAUUCAGAGAGAGGCAGAGACACAUACGCACAUACACACUCAGUGAGAGAGACGGAUCUUUCAGGUCAUCUGCAGCUGCAGAGAAGCAGCAGCCAGUGAAGGAGAGAGGAGGAGAAAUAAAGCAAGGAAGAUGGCAAUCCUCCAUUGCUCAGAGUAGCAGCAAGAAAGAACUCCAAGAGGAGAGCCAUCAUCUCUCCACCUACCUAGGCACAACGCUAUUAUCUGAGGGAGGAGGACAACAAGAGGCUGGAGCAGCCACGUCCAGAGCGCUCUAUGUUUCUAAUGUAAAAACAUAACCAUAGACCAUGGAAGUCCUUCAGUGUGAUGGUUGUGACUUCAAGGCCCAGUCCUAUGAAGAGCUAAAGACUCACAUACAAGAUGUUCAUACAGCAUUUUUGCAGCCCACAGAUGUAACAGAUGAAAGUUGUAGUCAAGCUAGAACUUUGUGUACAAAUUCCUCUAACCAGUCUGAAGCUGUGUUUUCUUCAUUGAAAAAUGAAUUUGUGCCUACAGAAGAAACUCAUGGCCAGAAUACUCCUCAGGCACCCACUGGAUCAUACUACAGUCCCAGUCCUGGUUUUUAUGGAUUGUCAUCUGCUAGCAGUUCCAAACCAACAAAUAAGUUUUUCCAAUGUAAAUUUUGUGUUCGCUAUUUUCGAUCUAAAUAUCUUCUAGUGGAACAUACCAGGAAGGUCCAUGGACAUGCUAGUGGAAAUACAGGGGCCUCUGGAAAUUAUAACAUUAUGCUGCAUGAUGGAUUUGGAAAAGUUUUCUCAUGCCAGUUUUGCACCUACAAGUCACCUAGAAGAGCAAGAAUAAUUAAGCAUCAAAAAAUGUACCACAAGAAUAGCUUGAAAGAAAGUUUAUCACCUUCCAUGUCUCAGAGUACUUCUACUUCAAUGUCAAUUCAAGAAACAUGUAAGGAAUUGCCAGCUGAAGUAGUAGAGCGAAGUAUACUUGAAUCCAUGGUGAAACCUCUGACAAAGUCUAGGGGAAACUUUUGCUGUGAAUGGUGUAGCUACCAAACGCCAAGACGGGAGCGUUGGUGUGACCAUAUGAUGAAAAAACAUCGUGGGAUGGUCAAAAUAUUGUCAAGUUUACGUCAAGAUGGGCUAAACGUGUCAGAUCUACAAACUAAAAGUUCACAAAUGUCUAGUCCUGGGCCUAGCUACAUGCCACUAAACAUGACAACCCAUGAGCUACCUAGUGCAAAUAUGCCUAGUUAUAGAAGCCCUAUAAGUAAUCUUCCAGGAGGCAACACAUCCAAGUAUCAGUCAAUGUCAUAUGUUCCAGUGAAACCUAAAUAUCCUUCAAAUGUUGGCAUUUUGAAUUUAUCAGAAAGAUCUUAUGUAAUUCCAGAAAAGUCCAAUUCCUUGGUCGAUAUGGAUGAGAAUAGCUUGUUAAAUGAUUCAAGUUCUGAUGAGGACUAUAUUGAAAUGGAUGGUGAAAAUGGUUUUGGCCCAAUGGACCAUCAUGACAUGUCAGGGGAACCCUUAUUGGGAUCUGAAAACAACAAAUUGCUGGAGACAAAGGGAAUUCCUUUUAGAAGAUUUAUGAACAGAUUUCAGUGCCCUUUUUGUCCUUUUCUUACAAUGCAUCGCCGGAGUAUCUCCCGCCAUAUUGAAAAUAUUCACUUAUCUGGAAAGACCGCAGUUUACAAAUGUGAUGAAUGUCCAUUUUCAUGCAAAAGCCCAUUAAAGCUUGGGGCACACAAGCAGUGUCACAGCGGUGCAUCUCCUGAUUGGGAUCCUAUAAGUACACUAAGUGAAAAUAUGUCUACUCAAUUAAAUGAAGCUUAUGAAACUGGUAAUAUAAAUGGUAGAAAAUCUGGAAACAUGCCAGAAACUUCUCAGCAGAACCCAUACAAGUGUACAAUGUGCAAUUACUCCACAACCACCUUAAAAGGGCUGCGUGUUCACCAGCAGCAUAAACAUUCCUUCUGUGACAAUAUGCCAAACAAUAGCAAUGUGAUACAGCAAAUACAAGAUAACGAACUAGAUUCUAGCAAUUCUGUAACUGUGCGAAAGAGCCAGACUUCUAUUUUGGGGUUAUCUUCAAAAAAUAAUUUUGUUGCAAAAACGUCCCGGAAAAUUUCAAAUGAUUUUCCUUUGGAUUUAUCACCUGCAAAGAAAAGAACAAGAAUUGAUGAAAUUGCAAGCAAUCUACAAAGCAAGAUUAGCCAAACUAAGCAACAAGAAGAUGCAGUCAUUAAUGUGGAGGACGAUGAAGAUGAGGAAGAGAAUGAAGUAGAAAUAGAGGUAGAACUAGACAAAGAGGAAGAUCCAUCCGAACAAUUGGAGACUGCUGAUCAGUAUUCUAUCCAACAACUAUGGAAUAGGGAUAUUGGCAUGUCUCAAAAAAACAUAAACUUUAGAAAUAUCCAACAUAAUUAUUCAGCAGCCAACGGUGCAGAAAUUGAAUUAACACUGUCAGAUGAUGAUGAGGAUUACUACUUUCAGUCAGUUGGCUUUAAAGAACAAGAUCUAAAUUCAUCUAUUGGUUUCAAUCAGUCUAACCAGUAUGGUGAAAGUGACCAAAACAAUGAAAAUUCUGAGUAUACUGAGGAGUCAGGAAGAUUGUAUUAUUGCAAACACUGUGACUUUAGCAAUAAGUCUGCACGUAGUGUUAGCACUCAUUAUCAGCGAAUGCAUCCCUAUAUUAAAUUCAGUUUUAGGUAUAUUUUGGAUCCCAACGAUCAUAGUGCAGUAUACCGUUGUCUUGAAUGCUAUAUAGACUAUAAUAAUUUUGAGGAUUUGCAACAACAUUACUCAGAGCAUCAUCCAGAAGCAAUGAAUGUGCUUAACUUUGACCAUUCAGAUCUCAUCUAUAGAUGUCGCUUUUGCUCUUACACAAGUCCUAAUGUUCGAAGCUUAAUGCCACACUACCAAAGAAUGCACCCUACAGUUAAAAUCAAUAAUGCAAUGAUAUUUUCAAGUUAUGUUGUUGAAAGACAAGAGGAGCUCAAUGCUGAAUCACAAACAUUAAGAGAAAUUCUGAAUUCUGCACCUAAAAACAUGGUAACCUCUACACCUUCAGGGCAUGGAAUGAACAGUUCAGCAACCUUUAAUAAAAGUACACCACAAGCAAGUACUACAAAGUCAUUUCCUACAGAGAAUGAUACUCAGAAGAAUGCUGCUGUUAAUAAUGUUGUAGUUUAUGAUUGCGAUGUGUGUGGAUUUGCUAGUCCAAACAUGCAUUCCGUUUUGGUUCACUAUCAAAAAAAGCAUCCUGAUGAAAAAGCAUCUUACUUUAGGAUUCAAAAAACAAUGCGCGUUGUCACUGUGGACAGUGGAACAGCUAUUUCUCAACUAGCUUUUGAUGGAGGAUCUUCUAUAGCUGCAAAUUCUGCCACUGUGGCUUCUGCCCCAGAAGAAAAUGUUGAACUAUAUUACUGUAAGCAUUGUUCAUACAGUAACCGUUCUGUUGUUGGUGUAUUGGUUCAUUAUCAGAAACGGCAUCCUGAAAUUAAAGUCACUGCAAAGUACAUUAGACAGGUACCUCCAAAUUCUGAGACCAUGAGAAAUGUAGAUCCUCAGCAAUACAUACUUAGUAAACAAUCUACAACUAUGUACAGCACCAAAAAAGGUACUGUUCAACCAAAAGAAAAUGAAAUGUUCUUUUGUCAACACUGUGACUAUGGCAAUCAAACUGUCAAAGGAGUUCUUAUUCAUUACCAGAAGAAGCACAGAGAUUAUAAAGUAAAUGCUGAUGUUAUUAGACAACACACAGCUGCUAUAAGAAGUCUCUGUGAGCACGGCCAAAAGAAACCCAGCACAAACACUCAAAGUUCUCCUUUAAAUAAUGAGCCUGAGAAGGCUAAACUUCGAACCCUAAAAUGUAGACAGUGUUCAUUUUCAACCCCUUAUGUCUAUGCUCUAAGAAAGCAUAUGAAAAAAGACCAUCCUAGUUUUAAGGCUACGGUGACUUUAAUAUUGAAGUGGGCAUUUUUGGAUGGCUUCAUUGAAGCUGGUUAUCACUGUGAGUGGUGUAUUUAUUCACAUCCAGAGCCUAGUGGUCUUCUAGAGCAUUAUCAAAGAAGACAUCCAGAGCACUAUGUGGAUUAUACCUACAUGGCAACAAAACUGUGUGCUGGCCCAGACCCUGUGCCUGUGCAGCCAGCUCCCGAGUUAAAGUCUUAUAAGUGCAGAGAUUGUACAUUUGAAGCCCCUUCUAUUUGGGAUAUCACUAAUCACUAUCAAGCUGUGCAUCCUUGGGUUCUGAAAGGUGAUGAAUCUGUACUUCUUGAUAUCAUUAAGGAGAAGGAUGCUACACAGAAUUCAAAUUCUGAAGAAGUAAUGUCCUCGGAGUCCCACAUUAUUCAGAAAGAUUCCAUUCCUGUUGAACCUCACAUGGAGAGAUUAGACGAUUCCACUGUAAUACAGGAGAAGCCUUCACAAUUGUCCUCUGCACUUACUUCAUCACCUUAUCAAUGUACUGUGUGUUUAUCCGAGUACAACAAUUUACAUGGUCUGCUAACUCAUUAUGGGAAAAAACACCCUGGCAUGAAAGUUAAAGCUGCAGACUUUGCCCAAGAUGUAGAUAUUAAUCCUGGAGCAGUUUAUAAAUGCAGACAUUGUCCUUAUAUCAACACUCGUAUUCAUGGUGUUCUUACCCACUACCAAAAACGACACCCAUUAAUAAAGGUCACUGCUGAAGAUUUUGUUCAUGAUGUGGAACCACCUCAUGAAUCUGCCCAAAAUGACGCUGAAGAAAAUAAUAGAAUAUUUAAACAAGGAUAUGGUGCCUACAGAUGUAAAAUAUGCCCCUACACCCAUGGCACUCUAGAAAAAUUAAAGAUUCACUAUGAAAAAUACCAUAAUGAGCCAGAACCAGACAUGAUUUCACAAAUAUCUCCAAAUGAAAUUUCUAGCACUGAACCGGAUACUCCUGUUGAUGAUCAGUCACAUCAAACGAUUGUUACUCUAGAACCUGGUGAAGUUACUGACCUUUUAGACUUUAGACCGCGUAAAAAUAUGGCAUCACACACACUGUUCAAAUGUCAAUUAUGCAAAUAUUUUUGCUCAACAAGAAAAGGUAUAGCUAGGCACUACCGCAUCAAACACAAUAAUGUUCGAGCACAACCAGAGGGCAAAAACAAUUUGUUUAAAUGUGCCCUCUGUUCCUAUACAAAUCCAAUUCGCAAAGGUUUAGCAGCUCACUAUCAGAAGCGGCAUGACAUAGAUGCUUACUAUACUCACUGCUUAGCAGCAUCUAGAACAGUUGAUGAUCAAUCAAACAAGGUAGUCCUUACCUCACCACAGAAAGAGGGCUCAUCUGAGCUGAACGAAGAUCUGAAGAAGGCAAUUGAAAGGAAAAAAUGUUCUAUCUGUACAUUUCAAUCGUAUAGCAAGAAAGGAAUUGUAUCACAUUACAUAAAAAGACACCCUGGAGUCUUCCCUAAAAAGACACAAGCAAGUAAACUUGAACAGUUCUUCACACCUGUGUACUCAGAAAAACAUGACGUUCAAAGUACUCCUGAUGAUAACUCUGAAAUAGAGGCCCCAUUUGAUGAUUCGGAAAGUAAUGAAACAGAACUCCUUCCAUUUAGAUGCAUUAAGUGCUUCAAGCUGUCAUUUAGCACAGCUGAUCUCCUGUGCAUGCACUAUACAGAUCAUCACAGCAAGGACAUAAAGCGAGACUUUUCAAUAUUGGGCACAACAGGCACUCGUUCCUAUACCACCACAUAUCAGUGCAAACAUUGUAAUACCAAAUUAAAUAGUAUUGCUGAACUGACUUGCCACUUAACAUCUCACAUUGAGGAAUUCCAGAAACGUGCGAAACGUCAGGAAAGACGAAAGCAACUUUUAAACAGGCAAAAACAUUGCAAUAUUGUUUCUGUAGAGGGCAAACAAGAAAAGACAGGAAGUGGUCAAGAGGCAGUGCAUAAGACAUUAAAGGAAAAGGUAGUGGGCUACAAAUGUAAGUUCUGCGUAGAAGUCCAUCCCACACUCCGAGCCAUCUGUAAUCAUCUUCGCAAGCAUGUCCAGUAUGGAAAUGCUCCUCCACUUCCUCCUGAACUAAAGGAUGAUACGACCCAAGAUGACAGUAAAGAUUGUCAAGAGGAGCCUGUAGAUUCUAGUACAGUGGCAGGAGAAGGGGGCUCAGAAGUAGAACCAGAGCCCAUACCAGUACCCCUUCCGAAACGCUGCAGGCCAGGUGGCUACCCUUGUAAACAGUGUGAUCGAGUUUUAAUGUCCAUGCAAGGUCUGCGUUCCCAUGAGAGAAGUCACUUGGCACUGGCCCUGUUUGCUAAAGAAGGCAAAUACAACUGCCAGUUUUGCUCUUUUGUCUCUGCGUUCAGACACAAUCUUGAUCGACAUAUCCAGGAUCAUCAUGGACAUAACAAACCAUUUAGAUGCAAACAUUGUCCCUUUAAAUCUUCUUACAAAGGCCGUUUGAAAACGCACAUUUUGAAAGCACAUGGAGGCGAACAUGGCUACAAAUGCUCUUUUUGCCCAGUAACAACCAUGACAAUCAGCCAGUUAAAGGAUCACUCAUUAAAUGAUCAUGGAAAAGCACUUACAUUGCCAAAACUACGCAGUCUGCUUCCUAAUGGCCCACGAGCUAAGCAAAGCUCACGAAUAGGAAAAGAACCUAGACUACUUGACUCUUUAUAUUCUGAGCCACCAGAUGUUCAGCAGCAGCUCAAUCAUUACCAGUCAGCUGCUCAAGCCAGAAAUAACAGCAACAAUAGCCCUGUUCCUCCUCCUUUGGCCAAUUCAGCACCUGAGCCAAAAGAUGAAGCGGUCCUCAACUGUGAAUUUUGUAACUUUUCUUCUGGUUACAUUCAGAGUAUUCGUCGUCACUACCGGGACAAACAUGGCGGAAAGAAGCUGCUUAAAUGCAAAGAUUGCUUUUUUUAUACAUGUUUCAAAUCAGCUUUUACAAUGCAUGUUGAAGCUGGCCAUUCAGAUUCUGAGGAAGGACCAAAGACCCUUCGAUGUCCCCUGUGUCUUUAUCAUACCAAAUAUAAACACAAUAUGAUAGAUCAUAUCGUCCUUCACAGAGAGAGUCGUUCUAUAGAAGUUUGUCGUUCCAAGUUAUCAAAGCAACUGAAGGGACUUGUUUUUCGAUGUGAAUGUACUUUUACCUGCUCAAGUGAUGAAAGUCUACAACAACACAUAGAGAAGCAUAAUGAAUUGAAACCUUACAAAUGUCAGCUGUGCUACUACGAAACCAAACAUGAAGAACUAGAUAGCCACCUUGAGAAGAGCAUAAAAGUGUGCCGUAAUUUUGAACUAGUUGGAUUAGUUAAUUUGGAUCAACUGGAGCAAAUGAAAGAUAAAACUGAGACUUCAAGCAGUGAUGAAGAAGAAGGUGCAGCUAAGACCGGAGAACUGUUUGAUAUCAAGGCUACGGUUCAGGAAAAACGUUUUCCAUGUGAAUUCUGUGGGAGGACAUUUACGCUCAGCACUGAAUGGGAACGACAUGUAUUAAGACAUGGCAUGACUGUUGGUGGAAAUCGGAAGGAGAGCAUGGAAAUCAGAAUGCCAAAAGAAAAUCUUGAGGACAACUAUAGUAACAUGAAACAUAUGGCUGAAAGAACAAUAGAUACUUCCCAACAAACUAGAACCUCAUGUUUUAAAAACUUUGUGGUGACCAAAAAAGAAUAACUACUACUGGAGAUGUACUAGGACUUGC